AUGAAAAUCCUGCAUUUUCUCACUUUACUGCUUUGGCAUUUGACUUGGCUGUCUCUGGAUCUAGUUCCUGGAGCGCUGAGUAAUUCUGAAGCAGGCCAGGGUAAUCCAGGAUCUAAACUAGGUUUUUUGAAAGCAGAAGGAAAGGAGAGGAAUCCCUCCACACGGGCAGGUACACUGAGGACUGCAAACCAUGGAUACAGUGCUGGGACCUCAAAGGCCAGGACUAAAAGCAGUGCUGUUCAGGCUGGAGCUCUGCUGGCCAAGAACGAUGACUCAAAGAAGGUUCCCUCAAGAACAGCAGCCACGGAGGGCAAGGUAGGACAUCUCCCCAGCAGACCUUCUGGAGUAAGGACAGUGACUCCAAAGGUUCAAAAUCCUAGCAGCAAAGUGGCUUUGAAAAAAACUGGCACAAGCAGUACUGACAGUGAUUCUUUCAAAACAAAAAAGACUAAAGAACCUGUAACCCAGAGGGAAGCUAAGGAAACUUUCCGACAUCCCCCGAUAACGCCACAUGAAUACAUGCUCUCUUUGUACAGGACUCUCUCAGAUGCAGAAAGAAAGGGUGUUAAUGGAAGUGUAAAACUGGAGGUUGGACUUGCCAAUACAAUAACCAGCUUUAUAGACAAAGGACAAGAUGAGCGAGCACCAACUAUAAGAAAACAAAAAUAUAUUUUUGACAUCAGUGCAUUAGAAAAAGAUGGUUUGCUGGGAGCAGAGCUUCGAAUAUUGAGAAAAAAACCUUCUGAUACAUGGAAGUCUCAUUCUUCUGGAAAGCCUUCCCAAGUAAAAUUGUUUAGUUGCUCUACAAACAGACAAACCUCAACACUCUUGGACUCUCGGACUGUCAGUAUCACUGAUACACCCAAGUGGGAAGUGUUUGACAUCUGGAAACUUUUCAGAAACUUUAAAAACUUGGUUAACUUGUGUUUUGAACUGGAAACUUUGGACAGGGGGAGAGCUGUUGAUCUCAGGAGUGUGGGAUUUAAUAGAACAGGAAGACAGGUCAAUGAAAAGGCUCUGUUCUUAGUGUUUGGGAGGACAAAAAAAAGAGACUUAUUCUUCAAUGAAAUCAAAGCUAGAUCCGGCCAAGAUGACAAAACUGUUUAUGAGUACUUAUUCAACCAGAGGCGGAAGAGAAGAGCUCCUCUAGCAACACGGCAAGGGAAGAGGCCCACCAAGAAUCUGAAGGCGAGGUGUAGCAGAAAAGCCCUCCACGUGAAUUUUAAGGAUAUGGGCUGGGAUGACUGGAUAAUAGCCCCUCUGGAGUAUGAGGCGUAUCACUGCGAAGGGCUCUGUGAAUUCCCCCUCCGAUCCCACCUGGAGCCCACCAACCACGCAGUUAUCCAGACGUUAAUGAACUCAAUGGACCCUGAAUCCACCCCCCCAACUUGCUGUGUGCCAACCCAUCUGAGCCCCAUCAGCAUCCUUUUCAUUGACUCUGCAAACAAUGUGGUCUACAAGCAGUACGAGGACAUGGUGGUGGAGUCGUGUGGUUGUAGGUAGCAGAACAGUUGCUUAUGUGAAU